GCCCCAGGGGGUGCUCGGUGGACAUCGCUGCACGCGUCACUUGACACUACAGGUGGAUAUCCAUCCUUGAGACGCUGUUAACAAGCAGCAUUUCGACUUAUGACACUGCGCUAGUCUCUUCACCUUCUUCUGUCAACUCUUUCGCGUUCGUUUCACACUGAGCUCAGGACGAACUUUCGUUCACUCCCAAGUUCAACAGCUCUCGCUUGCAUUGAAUGCGACUUUUUUCUCUCUAGUUUUACAUUCAGUGUCCCACCAUUAAACGCUUUUUACCAAAGAAUACCGUCCUCUUUUACUUCAAACACCGAUACACCGCCAAAAUGAAUCGCUUCAGAACCAGGAGGAAGGCGAAGGACGAUUCGUCGACAAGUCGCACCAGUGAGGAUUCGGAGCAAUCGUCAAUGCCCUCGUUCAAGGGAUUUCGGCGAGGAAAGAAGCCCCAGCAGGAGGAGCCCAAGAAGGAGAUCGACCUCGCCACAGCUCUGCCCUCAAAUGACGACUUCCGCACCAGUCUUUUGAUGUCUAAUCUCUCGGCACGCUUUUCCAUGCUGAGGCAGCAAGAUGACCCAAGCACAAAGAUCGGAAAGGCCAGCGAUGACAGCGUGCUAUACCCCAAACGUCAGUCGCGAAUGGCCGACUUCGGAUUCAGUGGUGGUGUUGGCGGAUUAUCGGAUAUCGCUGAGGUCGAGUCGAUCAAAGCUUCUCCGUUCCUUCGUUCGGAUUCUUUUGUGUCGUCAGACACAGACUCGACAAAGGGCGUCAGCGUCAUGAAUCGUGCGAAGCCGAUAGAGGGUAAUAACUUGUUUGGCGGAAGGCAGAAGAUCUAUAAGAUUCCAGCUGGCUCUACAAUGAACACAACUGCUGGUGUAAUGGGUGGUCGGGCACUGUACGACGAUGAUGUUGCAAUGUCAGCCUUCCAGCGCUGGAGACAAGCAGAGAGGGAGAGGAGAGGCUCAUUGGAUGAAGAAGACGGUGUUCAAGCAGAUGAGACCGACAGGACUCGAUCCGAUUCUCCACCCGCUGGGUAUAACCGGAAACGCGAAACGUCUUCCACCACAUCUUCAGCUUCUGUCAUAGCUCGCAACUCAACGGCUGCCACAUCAAUCACUUCGCAGCCCACUGCAGCUAAUAAGGAGUGGCAGUCAGUGUCGCCUGCUCCAAACUCAUCCACCUCUGCCCCUACCAUCGAGAGGCAUGUUACCCGAACGAGACGGCUUUAUGAGCAGGGUCUUUCCCAAGAGAUGCACGAGCAGCAGUCGUCUGCAUUGUCAAGGAUUGACACUCUUUCCCGUCAGCGUCUUGGAUCCCGCACGCCUGACCUCGGAACUGGCUCGCCCUCCCCAACAAUCAUUACGUCCAACGACCGAUUCUUCAACGAAAGGAGACCUGUAUUGACCAAGGCAAGUGCCCCGAACUUGAGGUCUAUCAGUCCUCCAUCAAGUGCGUCCCCGUCUGGAACAGUCGAUUUGGGUCUCCAGUUGCCCAGCCAGCCGGAUCUCAAGACCAACUUCGGCGCUUCUCCACCGUUGAGCCCGCCAAUCAGCGAAACCGAGGACCAAGUCCUACCCAUUCAGCCAAAUGAUAUGGGCAAGGCGACAGCAAUGGGUGUUUUCCAAAAACCGGCUCAGCCCUAUGACGAGUCCAAAUAUGCCCAGCGCCAGAUCCAGCUUCAGCAAGGUCGGGAAACCCCAACCCAGAGGUUCAGGGCCGAGUCCAAUGCCUCAUUUGCUACGGGGGGGCGGUCAAGAUCUUCGUCAUCUGCUCAAAGGCAACAUUUUGAGGCCAAAUCAGAGUCGAUCAAGACUCAGCCAGCAGUUGAGGAAGAGGCCACCCCCGUAGCAUCACCCCCGGUUGAUGCGGAAUUUUCGCUGCCAAUCCAAUCAACGGCUAUUCUACCAUCUGCCACUCGGCUUCACCUUGAGCGGCCAUCCGACAGAGAUCAUCCUGCUUUCCGGGAAUCGGCUUUGCCAACUCCGCUCACGGUUAGUGCUAGGGCAAGCGCCGCGCCUUCACCCAUUUUAGAACAACCCAUCAUCUCAGUCAGCAGCUCAGAACAGACGUCGCCAGACGAUUCUCCCACACUUGGCCCAACUACUACAGGUCUCAGCGGGAUGGUUCGUCAACAUCUUCGCUCCGAGAGUAAUGCGUCUUCUGUUUAUGGUCCGGUACCUCCAACGUCAAGCCUGGACUCUCGCUUCCCUGCUGAUCCAUACGAACUGGCCCCUAUCGAAGUUUCGGACAACAAAUCGAACCCCUGGAUGUCGUCAACUCCAGGUUGGACUGAGUCUUUCUAUUCAGACACUCCCGACACAAGUUUGGAGAAACUCAAGGCUCUGAAUCAACCAAGGCAUGAGUUUUCGUCGGAGCCAAAGGGGUCCAAUCACUCCAGCGAUGACAUGGAGGAUGCGACUGACGAGUUCGCAAACCAACUUGCGGAUGCUCGUCGCCGUGUCCGGGAGAAGCUGACCUCGUAUGCUGAAUCUGACAGCAGCCGGGCAGCAUCUCCCCAGCCCCAACCUCGCACGGAGCCAACAAGGGAUCUCGCCGUACCAGGUCAUUCAAACCAGCUCAGUGUUGGUGUCAAACCCAAAUCCAGUCGAGGCUCGCUGAUCGACCGCUCGAGAAAUAUUGUGGGCGGCCAAAGCAAGGCUAAGAAGAUGUUGGGCAUUGGGGCAGCAACUAUGAGCUCACAACCGAGCCCAGCUAAGCAGUCUUUCGACGACAAUGAUGCGAGGCCCCUAGAGCCGACGGCGGAGAUUCCGAAAAAGGACUCCGUCCAGGAGACUCGCGCAGCCCCUGAAGCUGAGGCCGAGGUCAAGCCGAAAUCUACCCAGGACGACGAGGACGAAGACAGCAAUGCUCAUCCAGGCCUCCGGGCGUUUCGACAGGCAAGGCGAGAGCUGCAGAGGCGGAGGGAGCUAGAAACUCUAGCACGGCAUCAAGCCUCAAAUACAACCCAGUCUCGCGAUCCGUCAAUUGACCAACCGUCAGCCGCCCAGUCUCCACCCAAAGCAGAUCGAGUACCGAGGCAAAGGACACCAAGCAGAGAACGGAAACCCCCACCAACCAUGUAUCGGCAGCGCGGCCCCAGUGAGGAAUAUAGCUAUGGCAGCAACACCAACUCGCCGGCACCCGCCCCAUCGUCCAGUGAGCGUGAGAGGAGUGGCUCGGAUACCAGCGGAGGCCGGUCUGCAUCGCAACAGCGGCCACCGAGGGUGAGAAAUAACACGGGUCCGCACGAGAACCAUCCAGGUCAUAUCAACACUCGUCCACCAAUGCUGCGAACGCCAGGACUUCCUGGAACCGAUAUUAGGCACUCCCCCAUCAUGCCACCUCAGGGAUACCCAGGUCGUGGUGGGGCACCAGGUGCUAUGUCACCUGCUCCUUCUCCCCAACUCUCUGGGUCCAAGUCAAUGGCAAACUUAGCUGUUCACUCUGGACGUCCAGGCUUUGACCCGUAUUCGGGCCAACCAUCGCCCAUCUCGCCCAUCUCGCCCAUGGGUCUACCCCCAUCUCCCUUCACUAUGAGACCUGACGGCUCACCGGUCGGCACUCCAACGUCUCUAGGACCAAGACCUCGACGCCCCUCGGCUUCCCAGUCGCCUGCAUUAGGAGCCACCACUGGCAGCAUCACAGGCCCGACGAAGCGGAUUGUCGACAAGCGGGAUAUCUCAGAACCCACUUUCGUCAUGUCAACGAGCCGCGUCCCUACUAUGAACCUUCCACAUGCGGCUACCAGCCCGGACGCGGGCACUGGGAGUCGCCAGUACGGCGCACCUAGAUCACGAUCACGAUCCAACAGCGGCGGAGGGGCUGGUCCAGCACCGCCUUUGCCACCUAUCAACCCUCUUCGGAAACGUGAGGGGUCGCGACCAGGGCCAGGAUAUGACGACACGUAUAUGGCAGCUCCGAAGUUGCCCUUUGCCAACCAAGCAAACGGCAGCCAGUCGAGCCUCGAUUACAACACUGACGAGAACCGAAGUGGUUUCUCGAUCAGCGACGAAGACGAGAGCAACAAAACUGACCAUCGCUGGCGCCUACGCAAAGCCAACAUGGAGGCCAAUCUCAGUUCUCGGGCUCUCGGUGGAAACGCGCGCGACAACAGUGCCCAAUUCGUCAGCAAGGGUCCGCCAGCCAGCAGGACUGUUGCGACAUCGGGCAUGAAAGUCAACAAGGGCAUGGGUCCUGGCGGCAUGUUCUGAGAUAGAUGAGUUGAUCUCACAGUCCCACGACGAGCAUUACAGCCGGCUCCGACAUAAUAUGCAGUGUAUUUUAUUGUUUCUAAUUCCCACUUCUUUCUUUCCCCACUUUAGCUCUU